UUGAUGCUUUGUGAUGUAUUAACUUGAAUUGAGAUAUUAUGUGAUGUACUGAGUGCUUUUCACUGUUAUUUUGGUUUUAUUGCAAUUCACUGUAUAAUAUUGUCGCUGGCGGUGUGAUCACUCAACCAUCGUGCUCCCCAAUGCACGAAUCAGUUGAGCUGUAAGGGUCGUGUUUUUUUGUUGCGUGAAGAAUCUUUGAAAGGCUAAUGUUUUAUAAGUGUAUAAAAUAUGAUUCCAGUUUUAAUUUUUACUCUGAAACAUUUCCAUUUGAUUAUUCAGUUUUGAUUUCACGUUGAUGUGGUUGGAGGAUUUGCUUUCGGAUGUUCGAAUAGUUUAAGGUGCAUGGACUCGGCAGAGACUCUCUGUCAUCUGGGCGUGACGUGUGAGUGGGAGUGUGACUGGUAUCCCCCUUAGCACAAUUACCACUGAUGCCUGAACCUGGCUCGCUCUCAGCACCAGGUACGCUAUAGAUAUUAGUGAAGUGGACUCUUAUUGGUGUCCCAUAUGCCAGUAUUACAGUCACUUGUGCACACAUAGGUGAAUGCAGAAAAAACUCAAGAUAUUUGGUACUGUGAUUUAUUAAGUGCCACUGCACCACAUGACUCUGAAACACACAAUUAAAUAAAAUGUAAAAAUGUUCAAAUGCCUAACAGUACGUAUGGUUUAUGUAAUGUCCAGAGCCACCUUGUGGUUGGAUAACAUAGUCACGUUAGUGACUAAAUUCUGGCUAGUGAAUUACUAUUUAAACUAAAUAAGCAGUUGAUCCCCCAGGAUAAACUACGAGUAUACCAAAUUUAUAAGCCGGGAUGACGAAGAUCAUUUGGAUAUAAAGAUGAUUCCUCGAAGUGCUGAAGGCGUCUCACUUCUAGUGGCAACGCGACGUGUCCGAGAAGCGAUGGUCGCCGAGGCCACUGGACAGUGCAUUUGAAGCCAAGUUGAAAUGAGCAAUAAGUCAUUCAAAUUCAUGGCAUUAACAUAUUUAGAUAAAAACAUAUUUGUACUCCUAAAAUUAUGCCAAUGUUAUUCCAGCCUUAAAAACCUAUAGUGAAUUUACAUACUAAGAUUACAUUUUAUAAAUCAUAAGAUUCUGAGACGGCCUUCGGUAAAUCCGUUACUGCAGAGUUGUAACUUAAAUAAAAUACAUAGAGAAUGUUUCCGGAAUCCUGAAAUAACAUGUACAUUUAGGGAUAAAAGAAAGUUUACAAUCUUAAUUACUGUUUAUUAAGGGAAUGAGGCACUGUCACUGUUGCACACCAUUUAAACACACGUCACACACUAGUCGCUUUAAGGAAGUGGGAAAGGGCAAUGAGGAAAGGGAAAGGAGUAGUGUGAUGGGUGGUGACUAGGGCCCGGAAAUUUUCGCGAACCGCGAAAUAACGCGAAAUACCGCGAAAUGCCACCAAAAUUACAUUAUAUGCGAAAUUCCACAAUAAACCAUCUAUUCGCGAAAUAACCGCUAAAUCAUUUAAAUUCACUGGUUUACAUAAGCGUUCACCCUAAUUUACGUAUUUUGCUUUCACCCGAAACUCGCGUUACACUUAUUUACAGCAAUAUGAUAUGCUCUUUAUUCAUAAAAUCUACAUUUCAUAACCCCAUGUGAAUUAAUAUUGUUCUGUUUUCUAUUCCACGUAACGUAACCUACGAACGAAAACCAAAACAAACACAUCGACGCCUGCUAGAUGCGAGUGCGAGCGUAGGCGAUAAGCGCCCGAGUUCGAGAUAAUCGAUUUAAGUGUCGAUACAUUCAUGGCAACUGUUUUUUCUGUGCGUAAAAGUGUAGCCGGUGCAGUCUAUUAACGAUUCUAUCCGUUUACCGCGUCAGUGGCCACGCGCAUUGUGUUCAUGUGUUUACUAAAGGGAUGUUCACAAUAAAAUUAUCUCGUGAUUGAUGAAAUACGUGUUUGUUAAUACUGAGUGUUGAAAAUGCCGAAAGUUGAAAGUGUUUUUGAUCGCGCACGUGAAUUUGAGAGCGAUGGAUUUUACGUUUUUGACAAAGUGAACAAAACAUUGAUGUGUAAAUUUUGUAAUGUUAAAAUAGAGUGGGCUCGCAAAGACACGUGUGUCAAGCAUUGCCGCGAUGGUACAGUGCACAGACAGAAAAAAGCAGCAGCUGAAUCACAAGCCUGCACAAGCAAAAGGCAAAUUUCUGUUGGUGACAGCUUUCAGGUGGCAAAAAAGACGAAAGUUGACAAAGAAAUUUUUGCCUCAUCUUUGACAAAAGCUUUCAUGGAAGCGAACAUACCAUUGGAGAAACUCGGCGAUCCUGCAAUAAAAAACUUUGUGGAAACUUUUGUUCCUGGUGGAGGGCAGUUACCAUGUGUAAAAACAUUGCGUGAGACGUAUGUGCCCAAGAUCCAAGAAGCGGCUGAGGAGCAGUGGAUUAAAUCAAUUGAGGGACAAGAUAUUGUUAUUUUGUGUGAUGAAACCACUGACAAAAAGGGACAGUGUGUUUUUGUGGUGCUUUUCAAAACAUUAGAAGCUUCAGACUCACAAAUUCUUCUUGUUGCCGGGGUCAAAAUUUUAGAGAAUUCUAAUGCUAGUGAGUGCUCGCGGGCAAUAUUAGAAGUACUGACAAAAUUUAAGGUUGACCAUACAAGGGUUGUUGCGGUUGUGUGUGACAUUGCACGCUACAUGACAAAGUGUGUGCAUUCUUUACAAGUUGUUCUUUCGUCUGAGGGUAGGGACGUCCUUCAUGUUCAGUGUUGGAGUCAUAAACUGAAUCUCAUUCAAAAUAUUUGGCCCCAAUCUCUGCCGGAGCUUAACAAUUUUGUUAGCAAAACGAAAACAGCAUUUAUGAACACGCGCAAAAGGAAACACAAGUACUUGUGUUUUCUCAAGCAGCGCUAUCCAGAACAAGAAAAGCCUCAUGUUCUGUUUCCAUCACCAGUCCUUACAAGAUGGGGUUCAUGGUUUGAGUCGGUGGGUUAUGUUAACACAUACCUUGACGACUUGGUAACAUACCUGAAGUCACUGGAGCUCGAGUCGUCAGAAGCUCUGAUGUAUUUUCAAACCUUGUCAGUGGAAGAGAUUGUAAUUAUUCAAUGUCAGGCUGAAUUUCUCGUCGAACAUGGGUGUACUUUGGUUGAGCUGACAAAGCAGCUGGAGGGUUCAAGCUACCCCAUGUCCCACUUGAUCAGUGGAAAACUCUCAGACUUGUUGAAAAGUUUGCAGCUGGUGAAUGAUUUUAAUUUUGGCUCAAAAACAAAUGAGAGUCUAAAGUUGUUGGCAGCUGUUAAACAAGGUUUGGUUAAAUCCCAGUUCCAGUCCUGUGGGUUGAGGUGUCACACAAAGUUGAUGAAGUUGAUUAAUGAAGAUCCUUCCAAAAAUAUCUUCCAAAACUUGGGGCAACUGUUUAAUCCACGGGAAAUAAUGUUGAAUGAUGUUUGCAAUGAUAUGGUCAGGGCAGGAAAAUCAUUGCCAUUUGUUUCAACUGUUUCAGGAAAAUAAUUUUUGGAAGGAUACUCAGCCUUAAAGAAAAUAGUAGUUGAGAAAGUGAAAAAGAGUGAAGGAAGUGUGGAUAUCAUUCCAAUUCUGUUGGCCUUGAAACUGGACCAUUCAGCUUUUGCAUGCAAUGCUCUGAAAGCCAUUUGGAUACCAGUAUCAAAUGUUGACUCUGAAAGGACAUUUUCAGCAUAUUCCGAUGUGUUUUCAGACAAAAGGCGAAGUUUGAAACCUCAAAACGUUGAGCUUAUGGUCUCAUUGUACUUUGGAAGUAAAACAUAACAUGUUGAAGAAACUCGGACUAAGUUAUACUUACAGUGCUGAAUUGUUAUUAGCAUAAAUUUUGCUUCUUGUCUUACAUAUUGAAUAAUUUUUGUAAUUUUUAACUAUUGAAACUGUUGAUUUGUAAUUUGUAUUGUUUUGUGGAAAGCUGGAAAAAAAUGUAGGCCUGUCCGAUUAUAUUUGCAUUCUAUAUGACAUAAUUUUUGUAAGUACAGCGUGUAUUUUUUUUUAAUUCACACUUCCGAAGUGCAGUUUUUAUGACGAAAUAUAAAAAUUUUUAUGACGAAAUCAAGAAAUUUUUAUGGCGAAAUCUGCUUAUUUUAUUUACCGUUAAAGUAGGGCUCUAGUGGUGACAUAUCGACUCUGCGGGGUGAAGUCCCAAACUAAGUCAAGGUAUAGUUAAAGGGUCAAAUUGGUCGAACAUAGUGAUGGAUGCAAGGGAAGCAUAGAGCGGUUGAAUCCUCCCUGAAGUUUUAAAAGAAUAUGUGAGAUCUCUGUGAAGGCAGCAUGUUAUUUUUUGUAAUGCAAUUUGAGGCAUUACAACACCAGGAAUCACAAACCACACAGUUAUGUAUGUUGAGAGUGAUAAUGCAACCUUCAAAACCCAUUGUUGUUGACAUUAGUUUUCUAAAUGCAUAAAAUCUUAGUUAUUGCUUUAUUUUUAUUUAAUUCCAUCCCCAAAAAAAAACUUUGCAUAUCCGCCACUGUUUUGAGUCGUUGGACCACAGACUUGCCUGCCACUAUGUGGUUCCAAGUUUGAUUCCUGGCAGGGUCAAAACUGGGUUUGUCACAAGUAGAGAACAUGGUGCUUUGUUGCCAAGAUUCAGUCGGUCUUCUCUGGGUUGCUCCUAUUUCCUCUAGCUCAUGAUUUCAUUCACUCCAUUACAUGGAUUUUGACAGGUUUAACUAUGAUUUAGUUAUUAACACUUAUUUAUUCUUUAUUUACUAUACUCAGUUGUUUCCUUGCAUGUU